AUGUCUGCCAACGACGAUGUCGAUGCCUGGGUCGCCCAGCUCAUGCAAUGCAAGCCCCUCAGCGAGCCGGAGGUCAAGAAGCUGUGUGACAAGGCUCGAGAAGUCUUGAUGGAAGAGUCAAAUGUCCAACCAGUCCGGUGCCCAGUCACCGUGUGUGGUGAUAUCCACGGUCAAUUCCACGACCUUUCAGAGUUGUUCCGAAUUGGCGGCAACUCUCCCGAUACAAACUAUCUGUUUAUGGGAGACUACGUCGACCGAGGAUACUACUCUGUCGAGACUGUCACCCUUCUCGUCGCCCUCAAGCUGAGGUACCGAGACCGUGUCACCAUCUUGCGAGGAAACCACGAAUCGCGUCAAAUCACCCAAGUGUACGGUUUCUACGACGAGUGUUUAAGAAAGUAUGGCAAUGCCAAUGUGUGGAAAUUCUUUACCGAUCUGUUCGACUACUUGCCCUUGACAGCUUUGAUCGACAACCAGAUCUUCUGUCUUCACGGUGGCCUGUCACCCUCUAUCGACACCCUCGACCACAUUCGAUCUAUCGACCGAAUUCAGGAGGUUCCCCACGAGGGUCCUAUGUGUGACCUUCUUUGGUCAGACCCAGAUGACAGGUGUGGUUGGGGUAUUAGUCCUCGAGGAGCUGGUUAUACUUUCGGACAAGACAUCUCGGAAGCCUUCAAUAACAACAACGGCCUGACGCUGGUUGCCCGAGCGCAUCAGCUGGUCAUGGAAGGAUUCGCUUGGUCACAAGACCGAAAUGUCGUCACCAUAUUCUCUGCGCCCAACUACUGCUAUCGAUGUGGUAACCAAGCCGCUAUCCUUGAAGUGGACGACGCUCUUAAAUACACGUUCCUUCAAUUCGACCCUGCCCCUCGAGCCGGCGAGCCCCUUGUCACCCGUAGGCCCCCAGACUACUUCUUGUAA